AGAUUCUUCACAAAAAACCUCCAAAAAAAAUCAAAAAAUGCUCCCAUUAAUACUGCUCAUCGUCACUCUUCUCCUCGUUCUUCUACUCAUUUUCGCUGUUCGUUCUCAUCCGAUUCCACUGCUCUCACAAUCUCGUAUUCUUUUGCUCAUUGCUCAUCCUGAUGAUGAGACAAUGUUCUUUUCGCCGACUAUUCGUGCUCUUCUACAAGCUGGUCAUCGUGUCUUUGUCCUUUGUAUUUCGAAUGGAAAUUUCGAUGGAUUGGGUAAAAUCCGUGCCCGUGAGCUGUCGCGUGCUGCCUCGAAGCUGGGAAUCUCAGCGAGUGACGUCAUCUGCCUCGAUUAUGACGAAUUUGCCGAUGGUGACACGUGGAAUCGCAACGCACUGUGCCAAAUUGUGAUGCGACACGUUGAAGUACUUGCUGCCGAUACUGUCAUCUCAUUUGACUCGCACGGUGUCUCUGGACACCAUAAUCAUGCGAGUUGCUUCGAAGCCCUUCAAACAGCGUACAGUAAUGGUACAGUACCCCGUGACGUACAAAUAUUCGUAUUAGAUUCGAUUGCCAUCUGGCGAAAAUAUAUUGGAAUGCUUGAUGCACUCUUCUCAUUUGGACGGUCUCCAUUCUUUUAUAUGGCACGAUUUCGUGACGUUGCAGCGUGUUGGAGAGCUAUGUGGGCUCAUCGAUCACAAUUUGUAUGGUUUCGAGUGUUGUUCAUCUUUUUCAGCAGAUACGUGUACAUGAAUAGUCUUCGACGAAUCUCCCCGUUGCCAUUGACACCGUCACCGCGAAAUCCGCAGAAAUUCAAAUUUCAUUGAUUUUUUAAUUUUUUUUGAUUUUU